GGGCGGUGGGGACGGCGCACGCACCCAGAGUCACUUGUCAGCGCUCGUCUGAAGCGGAGGCAGCGCCACGCCGGACUCGAGUUUCUUUCAUUUUCUGGGAUUGAACUUUGAGCUGUUAGAGCCAUGAGCAACUACAGUGUGUCCUUGGUUGGCCCAGCUCCUUGGGGUUUCCGGCUGCAAGGUGGCAAGGAUUUCAACAUGCCUCUGACAAUCUCUAAUCUAAAAGAUGGAGGCAAAGCAUCCCAGGCAAAUGUAAGAAUAGGCGAUGUGGUUCUCACCAUUGAUGGAAUAAGUGCACAUGGAAUGACUCAUCUUGAAGCCCAGAACAAGAUUAAGGGUUGUACAGGCUCUUUGAAUAUGACUCUGCAAAGGGCCUCUGCUACACCCAAGCCUGAGCCAGUCCCCGUUCAAAAGCCCACAGUCACCAGCGUGUGUUCCGAGACUGCUCAGGAGCUAGCAGAGGGGCAGAGAAGAGGAUCCCAGGGUGACAGUAAACAGCAAAAUGGUAACCCUGGCACCGUGAAAACUCCACCUAAACGUCCACCAAGAAAACACAUCGUGGAGCGCAAUACGGAGUUUUAUCACAUACCGACUCACAGUGAUGCCAGCAAGAAGAGACUGAUGGAGGACACUGAAGACUGGCGUCCGAGGACUGGAACAACUCAGUCUCGCUCUUUCCGAAUCCUCGCCCAAAUCACUGGGACUGAACAUCUGAAAGAAUCGGAAACUGAAAAUACAAAGAAGGCAAAGGAAAAGAUACCCCUUCACGUCUUUAGUCCCAAAUACACAAAAUUACGUGACUGGCACCAUGAAGUUUCAGCACGUGCUCUUAACGUACAGUGAUUUAUGAGUCUUGCCCCCUGCCCCAAGCAGCCAGCACAUACCUUUUCAUUCAGUUUUUCUUUUUUUCCAACCUCAUAGCAAAAUCUAUAUUAAAUUUGCCUUACAAAAAAAAAAAAAAAUAGAAACCUUUUCUAUACUUUUCUAACCAUUUCUUGCUGUUGUGAAAAAGAGGAAGAUGAAUUUGUUUUGUGCUAAUCAGUAGCUCACAAAUGUUAAACCAAGAGAGCAAAUUAAGGGACUGGAUCUGUUCGGUGGAUUUCCGUCGGUAUCCAUUGUUACUAGGGUAGUGACCUUGGAAAAGGAAUUCUUUCUGUAAGUUGAAUUUGGUUGGUUGUGUGAAGCAGAGACAGAUGAGCAAAUAAUGUCCUUGUCUAAUUUGGAAAAUACUUCCUUUAUGUUACUACAUUUCCUAAGAUUACUUUUAAAUUCAUUAUUACAUAAUGUUCAACGUGGGUUGUAAAUUACUCCUAAGCAAAUGUCAGAAGAUAAGAGAAAACAGAGAAGACUGUAUUAGAAUAGUUUGUUGUAGAUUUGGGUAUUUUUUUUAAAGCAGGUACUCAGGAUAGCUCUGAAGAGGAGGAGGCCCAAAUUUGGCUCCUAUUACAGGAAAGCAGAGAAUUCUGCCCCUACUUGCAAUGGGGAAAUAGAGUGUUCUUUUGGUUUGGUUAGUUUCAAAAAUCCUCCUUGUUACCAAAGGAAAUAUUUCUAAACUGGUGGAUGUUUUUAGGGUAUAAACAACUUCCAGGCAUUAACUAGUAAGAAAUAGAAAAGAUAAUUUUGCUUUGUUUUUAAAUGAACAUAAAAUAAGUUAUGAAUGAUUCUUUAUGUGACAUCAGAGAAGUAUUUUACUGAGUGAUAAAUAAACAAUUGUGUGUUCCUGCUGUUCCUAGGAAACUAUGUUUUGGGCAAUACAUGCAAGCUAACAUCUGACCAGAAAUGCUUUCUGUUUUGUAAUAUAAUGUAUUAUAUAUUAGUUAUACAUUCAAUAAUAAAUGCAUUUUGUAGUUUGGAAAAGUACUGUAAUAAAGUUGCCUUUAACUUAGCUUUGUAAUUGUUUUCUGUUUCCAUGAAGCUAGUAAUCGUGUCAUCUAAGACUUGUUACACCACCACUUACAUAAAAUAAAUAAUUCUCUUGACAUUUCAUUCAGAAAACAUUUUUAAUUUUGCGAGGCUGCUAAAAUGAGUGUGGAAUAUGAUAAAGCCCUGUAUUUUUUUUUUUUUUUUUUUUUUUUGGUAUCUGAAUUGUCAUGUUAUUUAACAUAAUGUCUUACGUGAGUAACAAGAUUAGUUAUAAGUAAGCUUUAUACCCAAUGUGGGACUUGAACUCACAACCCUGAGAUCAAGAGUUGCAUGCUGUAUACCCAUGGAGCCAGGCAGGCACCCCCAUUCAGGGCAUUUUUAUUUUUCCAGGUUUUUGUUUUUUUGUUUUUUUGUUUUGCUUUGAUAUCAUCAUAGACUAGGUCAACUGCCUGAUAAUUUGGAGAAACUAACAUUAAUUUCGGUUAGUGAUUACUAUUUAAAAUUUAGCACACCAAGUGUACUUAAAAAUAAUUCUAAGAUUUACCUGUGCUCAUUUCCACUGUACUUCAUAAUAUGCUAAGGUGUCUUUCUUUUACUGUAGCAGUUCUUCUUCAGAUACUGCUUGUGAUUUUAUGGCCCUAACAUCAAUCCAUUAUUACUAUGUCUCUGGCCUCUGUACGGAAAUAGACCUUCUUAGACCAGGCUUCUUAUACCUAAUACUUCUCAUUCAACUCAAAAGAUGAUAUUUGAAAGUAGGUGGAAUCAAAUUCUCAUGAAAAUAAAUGGUGGAAUAAACAAGGUAUUUCCCACCAGGAGCCAAAUUUCCAACACCAGAGUUGAGAGAGAGUGCAACUAGAUGAGAGUUUUAAGUAAAUAAAAGAAUUUCUUCCUAAUAAAGGCAGGAGAGCAUGUAUAGAACUUUAUACCUUGAAAUAAGUACAAUUGGAAAUAAGAAUUUAAUACCUUACUAAUUAAAAAAAAAGUAAUGUCUCAUUGAAAGCAUACACUUAGAUAAGCGAAGGAGCUGUAUUUGAGUAUGAGUGUGAGUGUUCAGUCAGGAUCACAAAAGACAUUCCAUUUGACCCCAUCAGAGGUUGAAUUCCUGUGUUCAGUUAAUCUUCUGGGACAUCUUAUAUUCCUAGCUUAAAAGCUAGCCAAAUAUUGUAAAAGCUCCUUGCAAAAAUAUUAUUGUAAGUCUGGUGACCUAAUUUAUAGCUUGUUUUUGUUUGUCUCUCUGAUACAGAGUUUCUUUAUCAUAGGCUUGUUUUUAAUGUAAAAUUUGAAAGUUAAGAAUUUUCAACGUUUUUACAAGGUUUUACCAGUUACAAGAUGGAAUGUUACCCACAGAGUGAAUAUUUUUGUUCCCUUGAAAAAUAUAUUGUUUGUGGAAACGGAAAUAUACUCAUUUUGUACAUCAUUAUGCCCUUUUGGAAGACUGAGAUAAAAAUAUUGUAGGGAGCUUAUUUAAUAAAAAUUGUGAUAUUAAGAUAGAGAGUAGCCAUCCCAUCUUUUAUUCAGAUUUAUUCAGAAAUUUGGGUGAAUUGAUUUCCCCAAAUGAAAAAGUUCAUAAUUGUUGCACUUCCGAUGUGUAUUUAAAAUCAUAUAAAUCACAAAUAUUUAUUGCCUGAGUUAUUCUUUCACACAAAUAAUUACUGAAUACUUAAAUGGCAGGCACUGAUGAACUAGAGAUUAAAUAAUGAGUAACAGAUAAAUAUAUAAAUAAAGUGAUCUGAGAUAAUUGUGUUACUAAGAUAAAUUCGUAUAAAGGAAAUUUGGCUUAGGGAGGGAUUACUUAGGUUGUGUGGAUCUCUGAGGAGAUGACGUUAAUGCCAUCACCUGAGAGAGGAAAAAGAGUCAGCCACGUGAUGACUUGGGGUCACCGUUCAAGGCAGACGAAACGAGUGUGGAAACCCUGAGGCGAGCAGGAGUGUGGCAAUUACACAGAACGGAAAGGACAGUGUAGCCAAAAUGUGGUAUGUGACCGGAAGCAUGAUAUAAAAAUGUCAUACAUAUGCGUAUAACUUACAUUCUCCAUACUGUCCACAGCAUAUGGAAUGGGAGGUUGUCUUCUGUCUAACUACUUUCAAGACAGAUUUAAAAAUAAAGAACCAAGGUGGUAUGUCAAAGGUUUAUCAAAGCUAAAUAAAGUACAUUCACUUAUUUGUGCUGCUCUCAGCAUAGGUAUCAAUUUAAUGCUUUUCCCAUUAGACCCACUGAAGACUUACAAAAAGGAGGCAUUAUUAUAGUAUAUGUUGGUAACAUAUUUGUAGGGAACAGCUAUAAAACACACAUAAAGGCACUAAAAAACAAAACUUCCAACAUACAGAAAUUAGACCUAUAUCGUGGCACCUGGGUGGCUCAGUCAGUUAAGUGUCCAACUCUUGGUUUCAGCUCAAGUCAUGAUCUUGGAGUUUGUGAGAUUGAGCUCCGCAUCAGGCUCUGUGCUGUUAGCACAGAUUGGGAUUCUCUCUCUGUCUGUCUCUCUGCCCCUCCCCUGCUUGCUUGUGCACACGCUCUCUCUCUCUCAAAAAUAACCUUUAAAAAAAAAAAAAAGAAA